UGCGAUUUAUGUAAAAGUAGAAGGUUUUUUUCCCUAAUCUUCAUUGGCCCAUUGCCCCCUUUGUCCGCUAUCAGAACCCAUCCCCUAGCCCCUUCGCCAUUUUCGCCUGUGGAACUCCAUUUUCGGAGCUUCAAAAUCAAACACCAGUUCUGGGCUUCAGCAAAGGUAAUUUCUGUAUUCAACAUCAAACACCAGUUGUAGACUGUCAAUUCGCCCUUUCCAGAUUCCACUCCAUCUAUUUCUGAUUUUUUAGCUGAAAAAUGCCUAGAGUCAAGACAAAUCGUAUAAAAUACCCCGAGGGUUGGGAGCUGAUUGAGCCUACCCUACAUGAGCUGGAUGCUAAAAUGAGAGAAGCUGGCAAUGACCCUAAUGACGGUAAAAGAAAGUGUGAAGCACUCUGGCCCAUAUUCAAGGUUGCACAUCAGAGGAGCAGAUAUGUUUAUGACCUUUACUAUGGAAGAAAUGAAAUAUCUAAAGAGCUGUACGAGUUCUGUUUGGAACAAGGUUAUGCAGAUCGCAACCUGAUUGCAAAGUGGAAGAAGCCUGGAUAUGAGCGUCUCUGCUGCUUGCACUGCAUACAGCCUCGGGAUCACAACUUUGCAACUACUUGUGCAUGUCGUGUUCCCAAGCACCUUAGGGAAGUUGCUGUAAUAGAGUGCGUACAUUGUGGAUGUCAAGGCUGUGCAAGUGGGGACUAAUUGUUUUCCUGUAACUGUAUGUGAAGAGGUCUGAUUUUUCUAUCUUGAAAGACUAUGGCUUUGUCGUCUUUCUGACUUUUCAAGGCAUUAGAAACCUUUGUCUGUAGCAUUUUAGCUGAUAUACAUGACUUGCUUUAUUGGAAAUGUUAUCGUGUGUCCGGUAGAUUGAUUAUUUAUCGGACCAAGUGAGUGCAAGGCAGGUGAUUGGUAUGCACCAUAAGAAGCUUACAGCAACUUGCGUGGUCAGCAAAAGUUUGAGCUCAUGGCUGCUGAGUGGAAUCUAAUCUAUGGCUUGCUUGAGGACCAUGGUACCUCAAUAUUUUCUAAAUCUGCUUUUGAUGAUCCAUCGUUAGAGAGGACCAAGGAGAUUUAGUGAUGGAUUAUUCAAUCUCUGACCUUUGAAAGUUUUGUUUCUUUUCUGUUUUCGCCAAAAACAGACUUGUGACCACUUGCCAACUCUAAUAGGCAAACCACCCUCAAUAAUGUUUGGAUGUUACUGGUGAUAAUGGGACUGCAAGUUUCUCUUUUAUCUUCUAUUAAGACUUAAAUGUAGUUAAUGCUGAAUGAGUAGUACUCGAUGCAAACUCGUGGUUGUGCAGGUGAAAAGAGGGAUUGAUUUCUUAUUGCCUGCAUCAGUUUCGUGAAAGAUACAGCACUACGUUCAAGCUAACUGAAAAUAUGGGACAUCUUUCAUACGUUUGUAUUAGUAUCACUGUUUUCGGGUUGUGGGAUAAGAGAGAAUGGAUUGAUCCUGGUUA